AUGUCGACAGGUGUCGUUGGCCGACGAUUCGGAGCCAACAGGUCCGGUCGACCCGUCAAGUGGUUCAGCCCAAAUUGUCGUGGACAACAGCUGUGCAAGUCUAAAAUUCCUAUGUUACAUUUCGCUGGUCAAUAUGACAAGAACGACGCUCGUUCCCGCCGAGCUCACGAUGGAGACGCCGUCCGAUACAUCGACGUCAGGUUCACGGCCCCGCGACAUCCGUCUUGUCGCCGCAGCAGGUUUUGA